CAAUAGGACUUUGACAUCGGAAGCACAUUAUUCAAUUUUGCUAGCGCAAUAUGGAUGUGCUACGUUUAGAAGGGAUUAUGAAGUUAUGGGUUUGAGUAUUUUCGAUUAUACACGUACAUACAUAUACAUUGUGUAAAUACAAAUUAAUAUAAAUCACCCCAGGAUCUAUUGGACUGACAACCACUACAAGCAAAGAUGAGCGGGGGCUCGAGCUCGAAUAAGGAGUUCCUGGAGCAGUUGCGGAUGCAGGAGAUGUAUGGUCAGAGAAACGCGGGGGGCUUGGACCCGUACACCUACACCGACCCCGAGGAUGGCACAGUUUAUGACUGGGACCACGAGAAGAAGGCCUGGUUCCCCAAAAUAACCGAGGACUUUCUCGCUGCCUACCAGGCUAACUAUGGCUUUAAUGAAGAAGGAAAUCCAGAUGCAAACUGUGCAACAGCAGCUAGUAGUGAGCCAGCCACUUCAGAGCAAUCAACUAAACUUUUAGUAACAGAGAAACCAGCUGAGGUCACCCAAACCCUGACCCCAGAGGCACAGGAAGCAAAGCCAGACCAUACCCAGGAUGUGAAGCAGAAAGGGGAAAAGAGGAAAGCAGAGCAGGGAUGGUUUGACAUUGACGAAGACAAAAACACAAAUGUGUAUGUCUCAGGUCUGCCGCCUGACAUCGGGGUAGAUGAGUUUGUUGAAUUAAUGUCCAAGUGCGGCAUUGUUAUGAAAGAUCCCAUCACUGAGGAGUACAAGGUUAAACUCUAUAAGGAUAAAGAAGGAAACCUAAAAGGAGAUGGCCUCUGCUGCUAUUUAAAGAAAGAGUCUGUGGAGCUUGCUGUGCGUCUCAUUGAUGAGUCUGAAGUGCGUGGCUACAAAUUGCAUGUGGAGGCAGCACGAUUUGAACUGAAGGGAGCUUAUGAUGCCAGUAAGAAGAAAAAGAAGAACAAAGACUAUAAGAAAAAGCUCAAAAUGCAACAGAAGCAGUUGGACUGGAAGCCGGAGAAGCAAGGAGAUAUAAGGAAGAAGCACGAAAAAGUUGUGAUCAUCAGGAACAUGUUUCAUCCCAGUGACUUUGAGGAGGACCCUCUUGUGUUGAAUGAGUACAGAGAAGAUCUUCGAACCGAAUGUGAAAAGUUUGGAGGGGUCAAGAAAGUCCUAAUCUUUGAUAGACAUCCUGAUGGUGUGGCCUCGGUGGCAUUUAAAGACCCAGAUCAGGCUGAUGCUUGCAUCCAAUCAUUUAACGGCCGCUGGUUUGGAGGACGACAGCUUUCUGCUUUGCCCUGGGACGGGACCACUGACUUCCAGGUUGAAGAAACGUCACGAGAACGCGAGGAGCGUCUCAAAGGUUGGUCCUCUUUUCUUGAAAGUGGAGAGAAGGCCCAAGUGGGUGAGACUGCAAGUACAGCUAAACCACCACAAGAAGGCGCCACCACCACUAACACAAACAGCACUCCGAAGCCAGAAUCAAACCCAGCAAAGGAACCUCAGUCAAUGCAAGACACUGAAGAAGACAUGGAUUCCACUGACAGCAGCCUGGUGGGAAGUGAUGAAGAGGCUUAAUCUCCUUUAAAAUACAUCCAAUCCAAACAGUUUGGACAGUGUUAAAAGAAGAUGUGUAAUAUUGGAGAAACUGGACACUUAUUGGACAUAUAAGUUAAACCAAAAAAAAAAUUGGUCAGAAUCUCACCAUUUCAUUAUAUCUCAUAGUCGAUUUUCAGUGCGUUUUAGUGUCUUGACUCCUGAAUGAGUUUUAAUUGUUUGCAGAUGUGGUGUACAGCUCUAACUGUGUUGAUAAAUGUUUGAUUUUUAAAAGAUGCUUACUUUGAAGCAUAUGCUAAUUGCAAAAAGGAUAACAGAAAUUAUUAACAUUUUCAAAUCUUCCAACUAAAACCACAGCUGGGAAAUUGUGACUUUUAUAAAACUAGUGAUCAAUUUGCCUCUGUUAAUUUCAUAGUGCUUCUUCUUUAUCUCCCAUACACAAGCAAAGAUAUGUGGUUUGUUGUCAUUGCAAAACAGCACUGUUCAGACUGAGGCAUAAAAAAAUCAAAUAAACCCUCGACACA